AUCUGUCUCUGUUAGAUUUACUUAAACGAGACAUUUUGACAUUUUUUAUUACAACUUACAUAAUUUUAAAAACACAAAUAGAAAAAUAUGAAUUCAUCCUUAUUGAAAAUGUGUAUAAAUGGAAGGUAUUUGAGGUUAUUGUCAACACCAAAUACCAAAUUUUUCAGUUCUCAAAUAAUUGACCCACCGGAUGAUUUAUUUACAAUCCCCAGGCCUUCUUCUAGAGAGAAUGAGACCACAGAAAUCCGUAGAGCAAGAUUACUUUAUCAAUCAAGAAAACGUGGGAUGUUGGAAAAUGAUCUAUUAUUAAGCACUUUUGCUGCUAAAUAUUUAAAAACAUUUAACGACGAACAACUGGCUAAAUAUGACAGAUUAAUAAAUGGACCAUCAAAUGACUGGGAACUCUAUUACUGGGCUACAAAUCUUAAAAGAACGCCAGAGGAAUAUAAAAAUGAUAUAAUGGAUUUAUUGCAAGAUCAUUGUAAAAAUCUGAAUAAAGAAGUACGAAUUAGACAACCAGACCUAUAUUAAAAUUAUAUUUGUGAAUAUUAUCUAUAUUAUCAGUAUUGUAAAUUGUAAAUAAAUAAAACGUUACAUGUUUUAAAU